AGUAUAAUAGGCCAAAUGUCUGCUCAUCAGUAUAACCAUGGCUUCAUGUCUGUCUAUUUACAGGUCUAUAAAGGAAGUACAAAUGCACUCUCGAAGUACUCCAUUUUACAGGGAAAUGAAGCCCAAAAUCUAGAAGUCGUAGCAUUCUGUGAAGACAUUUCAAAACUGAGGUUAAAGUUUCCACAUGUCGACCUGGCUACCAAUCCUGGAUAUGUUCUCAGCCCUGUGAUCACUCAGAGGGAUGCAGGAGGGGACAGAGGGAGCAGUGUUAAAGUAUCCAUUGAGAUUUCUGAUUCUCAACAGCCUGUAACUUUCACUUGUGAUGUGAGUUCUCCAGUGGAUCUGCUUAUAAUGCAGGCUUUGUGCUGGGUCCACGAUGACCUGAACCAGGUGGACAUCAGCAGCUACGUUCUCAAGGUCUGCGGACAGGAGGAGGUUUUACAGAAUAAACACAGUCUGGGCAGUCAUGAGUACGUGCAGAACUGCAGGAAGUGGGAGACGGAGAUCAGACUACAGCUCCUUUUUCUUAGCACAAUGAGAAGGGAUCUGGCCCGAACGGCAGAAGAUGACAUCUCUCCCAUUGUCUUGGAGAAAUACCUUGGUCUAGUGGAGAGACCGUUUAAAGAGGCAGUCACAAGAGAGGGUCUUUCUGAAUACCUAGAAGGAUAUCAUAAGCAAGUCCAUCUCUGCCUUCAGAAUGAGAGCACCCUGUAUAAAACAGUGGACAGUGUGGUUCAGUCUGUUAAAAAUCUGUGCUGUGCUCUGGAUGAAAUUGAGACACCAGCCAUCACUGAUGCAAUCAAGAGGUUCAAACGCUCUGUCAACCUUCCUAGAACACGUUCUCCAGAGGCUGGUGCCACAAGUUCAGCAUCUACAGGUUCAGCUAAUGGUUAUGCUAGCUCAGUGGAGGAGAGUUUAGCCGGACUCACAGACGCUGUGUUUGAUCUUGCUAAGCUCUACCUGAGGUCUUUCUGUUCAACUACUCCUGGUUGCACGAUGGAAGAGGACAGGAGGGACAGCAGAGAGGCCUCGGGCACCACAGAACACCUGCAGUUCACUCUGUUUGCCGUUCAUGGCAUUCCUGCUACCUGGGUCAGCAGUUUUGAAAAAUACUACCUGAUGUGUGCCCUGACCCACAACAACAGGAAUCUCUUCAAGCCUGUCCAGUCCAAAAAAGUGGGAACAUACAAGAGUUUUUUCUACCACAUUAAAUGGGACGAAUUGAUCAAUUUCCCUAUUGCAGUGGCGCUGUUGCCACUGGAGGCCAUGUUGAGUCUUUCUCUCUAUGGGGUUCUCAACCAGAAUGCGAACAACUCGCCAGAUUCCAACAAGCAACGGAAGGGUCCAGAGCUUUUGGGAAAAGUCUCCAUGCCUCUGUUUGAUUUCAGAAGGGUGUUGUCAAGAGGUAGCAAGCUGCUAAGUUUGUGGACGUCUCCUCAAGUCCUUCAGCCUGGAGCUGCAGGCAAGGGGAAGAAUCCUUCAGAACGGAUCAUACUGCAGGUUGACUUCCCCAGUCCAGCGGUGGACGUGCUCUAUGUUGGUCCUCAGGAGAACGGCUGCCCAGACCCUCAGUCUCUAGAGCCACUUGAUCUGGGAGAUCGAAGUGAGAUCGAAAAGCUGUGUGCACGAGCAUCUGCUUUUGGGCUGUCACGAGCAGACAGGCAGCUGCUCUGGGACCAGCGGUACUAUUGUCGGGACUAUGAAUACAGCCUGCCCAAAAUCUUGGCCAGUGCACCCAGCUGGGACUGGGGCAGUAUGGGUGAGAUCCACUCACUUCUGCACCACUGGCCCCCUCUGUCGCCUGUUUCAGCCCUGGAGCUCCUUGAUUCAAAGUUUGCUGACACAGAGGUGAGGAAAGUGGCCGUGAGCUGGAUCGAAAGCAGCAGUGAUGAUGAGCUGGCUGACUAUCUCCCUCAGCUGGUGCAGGCAGUGAAGUUCGAGUGUCACCUCAACAAUGCCUUGGUGAUAUUUCUGCUGUCUCGAGCUCUGGGAAAUGUCAAUAUCGCACAUUAUCUUUACUGGCUGCUGAGGGAUACCGUGCAGGACCCAGCGUUCGGUCAGCGUUAUGACCGCAUCCUUGGUGCACUGCUGUGCCUGUGUGGGACUGGCCUGAGGGCUGAGCUUGAGAAGCAGACCAGGCUUGUGCAGCUGCUGGGCGCUCUGGCCGAAAAAGUGCGGCAGGCGAGCAGCUCCACCCGACAGGUGGUGCUGCUCGAGGGUCUUGAGAGGGUACAGUCUUUUUUCCAAAAGAACAGCUGUCGACUCCCUAUUAGCCCCAGUCUGGUGGCAAAAGAACUCAAUAUCAAGGCCUGCUCUUUCUUCAAUUCCAACGCUGUACCUCUGAAGAUUGCACUGGUUAAUGCAGACCCGCUGGGAGACGAGAUUAACGUCAUGUUUAAGGUUGGAGAGGAUCUGAGGCAGGACAUGUUGGCGCUGCAGAUGAUUCGGAUUAUGGAUCGGAUCUGGCUGCAGGAGGGACUGGACUUGCGCAUUGUCAACUUCAAAUGCAUCUCUACUGGAAAAGAUAAAGGCAUGGUGGAGUUGGUUCCGUCUUCUGAAACGCUGAGGAAGAUUCAGGUGGAGUACGGAGUGACGGGCUCCUUCAAGGACAAACCUCUCGCCGAGUGGCUUCGCAAGUAUAACCCUGCUGAGGAUGAGUAUGAGAAGGCCUCAGAGAAUUUCAUCUACACCUGCGCAGGAUGCUGCGUGGCCACUUACGUCCUAGGCAUCUGUGACCGCCACAACGAUAACAUCAUGCUGCGCUCCACCGGCCACAUGUUCCACAUAGACUUUGGGAAGUUCCUGGGUCACGCACAAAUGAUUGGGAGUUUUAAAAGGGACCGAGCACCAUUUGUCUUAACCUCUGAUAUGGCUUACGUCAUUAAUGGAGGCGAGAGACCCACUAGCCGCUUCCAGCUUUUUGUUGACCUUUGCUCUCAAGCCUACAACCUGAUACGCAAACACUCCAACCUCUUCCUCAACCUACUGUCUCUGAUGACGCAGUCCGGUUUGCCUGAGCUGACUGGAGUCCAAGAUCUUAAAUAUGUGCAUGAUGCUCUUCAACCUCAGACUACAGAUGCAGAGGCUACCAUUUUCUUCACAAGGUUGAUUGAAUCUAGUCUUGGCAGUGUGGCCACAAAGUUUAAUUUCUUCAUCCAUAACCUGGCCCAGUUGCGUUUCUCUGGUCUUCCUUCAAAUGAUGAACCAAUCCUCUCCUUCGCUCCCCGGACAUACACAAUAAAGCAGGAUGGCAGGAUCCGAGAUGCCUCCAUAUUUUCAUAUCAGAAGAGAUACAAUCCAGACAAGCACUAUACGUAUGUUAUACGGAUCCUUAGGGAAGGUCAAAGUGAGCCGCAAUUUGUCUUCCGCACCUUUGAUGAGUUCCAGGAACUGCACAACAAGUUGACCAUACUUUUUCCUCUGUGGAAGCUGCCGGGGUUUCCCAGUAAAAUGGUACUGGGACGUACACAUAUCAAGGAUGUGGCAUCCAAAAGGAAGGUGGAAUUGAGCAGCUAUGUGCACAAUCUGAUGAGGGGUUCAACAGAAGUCACUCAGUGUGAUCUUAUCUACACCUUCUUCCACCCUAUUGCGAGAGAUGACAAGACCGAGGGGGUUGAAGGACUCUCAAAAACCCUAGAGAUUCCUCCAGUGAGUCCCACCACAGGCCGCGUGGAGGGUGAGGUGAAGCUGUCAGUGUCCUACAGAAACAGCACGCUCUUCAUCAUGGUCAUGCACAUUAAAGACCUGAUGUCAAAUGACGGAGCAGAUCCAAACCCUUAUGUGAAAACAUACCUUCUCCCAGACCCCCACAAAACCUCCAAACGCAAAACAAAAAUCGCGAGGAAAACUAGGAACCCAACAUUUAAUGAAAUGCUGGUGUACAGCGGCUACAGUAAGGAAACCCUGAAGCAAAGGGAGCUUCAACUGAGCGUGCUCAGUGCAGAGUCUCUGCGAGAGAACUGCUGUUUGGGUGGCAUCACCCUCAGCCUAAAAGACUUUGACCUGAGCAGAGAGACUGUCAAGUGGUACAAGCUCACCACAGUGCCCUACUUUUAGAUCCAACCAUUCCUGCCCACGAGUCUUCCAUAAACGGUGAUGUGACUGCAGCAAGUGCCCUUACAGGACCACUUCAAAUUCCCCCAGCAUCCCUCUCUCUCUCUCUCUCUCUCUAUGACACUAAUCAAGGUUGAGUCCUUGUUGAAAGAAUCAAUCCACCUAACUUUAUGUGUGAAAUCAACACUCGUGUACUGUACAUUUGGAACUUGGACCAAACGGCUCACUUAAAUAAAAGUUUAUAUUAUAUAAGAAUAUA